CUCAUCUCAGCCGGCAAUUACCGCGGUUGAGUGCUUCAUUUUCAGUACGCUAUACGCGUCACUCGUUGCAAUUCGAUCUUCUGCCUCAUUUCAAUCCUUGAGACCGUCCACAAUUGCGCUCGAUUUGCACUCUGCGCUCUGGCUUGCACCUGGUCCAACACUUUUCUUGUCGUUGUCACGUAGCGCUGACAAACGAAACAUGUCGCUCGAGCCAGAUCCGCGCAACCAAGGCGGUCCUGCACCGCCCGCGUUCAGCUUCACCUUUGAUCCGUCCCUGGCUCUGUACAACGUACCACUGCAGACAUAUCUCGACUCGCACCCCGAGUUCGACGCCAUUGCCGCCGGGGCUCUCGUCUUUUCCCGCGACCCAGCCACCGGCGCUCGCCGCAUCCUUCUUCUGCAGCGUGCAGCCCACGACUCCAUGCCGCUGCGAUGGGAGAUUCCGGGCGGCGCCUGCGACCACGACGACCCCUCACUUCUACAUGGACUCGCGCGCGAGCUAUGGGAAGAGAGCCGCGUUGUGUUGCGCCAUGUCUCCAGGCUGGUGACUCUGGGCUCUGGCGCGCGUGAACUGGGCAAGGGCUCUCAAGAUGGUGCCGUCUUCUUCUCGCGCCGAGGUCUGCGCAUCAUCAAGUAUUCUUUCUUGGUAGAGGCUGAGGAGCCUGUAGAGAUCGUGUUGGAUCCGAACGAACAUGCGCAGUUCCUAUGGGCGACGGAGGAAGAGGUCCGCGCGGGCAAGGUCGGCGACGUGAAGCUUACCAUGACAACGGAUCAGCAAGCAGCCACCAUUCGGGAAGCUUUUCGGCUUGCUACUCAAUAGCGCUCGGCAACGCAAAUUUUCGACAACCUUGAGCUUCAAGAAGCCGUUCGAUUAGCAUGGCCGUUCAGACAUCCAAGUCUUGAAUUAAGAUACUUCGAACAAACUCAUAUAGAACACAUUUACGGCCCAAUCCUCUUGAGCUCCUUGUCUUUGCCCGCCGCCAGCAACUUCAACACCACCUUACCCUCCC